UAACAGCAACAAUUAUUACGUAUCUUUCAUUAUUACCCUCCUAUUCAAGGAUGUCUGCUACCAUUGAAGGCUAUCCGGCAUCCCCUGUCCAGCAACAGCAUCAUGUGAACAGUGCUGGGGCCUUUGAUAAAAAUGACUUUGAAGAAAAUACUCAAGGCAGAAGACGGCAUACGACUUCAUCUAUUGACGAGCAUUUUUUUCAACAACAGCGUAGGCAAUCUGAAGCAAUUACUAUUAUGAACAAUGUUCAAUCUCUACGUGCAGGAAAAUUGCCCACUAAUGAACAACUGAACGCCGUUAUGGACCGAUUUUUAAACAGUAAAGUUAUUGAACGAAACAGAACUAAUUUAUCGGAAGACGGUCAGACGCUUUUGAAUGAUCUUCAAGAACUUAUAAUUGCAUUCCAACGUGCUCUUCAAACGAAAAAUCGCGACGAAUUGUUUCAAUCUUUCGUUUAUCACGUACAUCGUUCGGAAGCCGCUUUAAAAGCGAGCAGUACUACUGGAAAUGUGGCAACAGAAGUACAGCGGCAAGGUGCACAAAUUAAAGAAGAAGCCAGGAUGACAGGCAAGGAAAUUCUCAAGGUGAUCAAGCUUUUUGUGUUUAACGCAGACUUCAGAGCUCUAUUAAGCCAAAUUAUAUCUAUUGCUCAACAAACUAUGAGUGAUACCUUGAAAGUUAGCGAUAAGACAACGCAAGAGAAUGCUAGUUCCUCGUGCGUAAACAAUACAGGCGCUGCUGAUGUGGGUUCGUAUAUUAAAGAAGGAACUGGAGAUUCUGUAGACACUGAUGGCUCCGCUCACAAAAAUCUAACAAGUGCUGGGCAACAAGAUCAAAAAUUAAAGAAUUAUGGCAGUAGUGCAGUCUAUGGAAAUCGGCAUUCUAACAAGCUUAUUCCAGAAAUGCAUCGCAAUUUUGUAAAUCAUCGAUUCGAAGAUACUGAGCCAUCAAUUGGAGUUACAGAUGAUGCUAAUCAUACUCUGCAGGACGAUAAACAACACGGUGCUAUUUUGCAUUCCUCUGGUUUUAGCAGCCGACUCGAUCAUGUGCAACCGCUUUAUUCAGCCAAACAACAGAAUUCCGAUUCCGUGGCUGCUUCUUCUUCGAACGCAUCCUCUAGACGUCAAAUCAAUGUUUUCUUGACUAAUGUAUCGUCAGCCCAGCCUACCGCUGAUCCUAAUAACGACAUCAGAAGGUCAAUGGAAAUCAAUAAAAAUUUUAGCUCUGACAUGACUAGAAAGCAGGAGCAGUUACGUUCAGCAGACAGUUUGUCUCCACAAAUUGCCACUGAUAUGGAACAACAGGCGUCAUUCAUUUUACCAAGCUAUAAUACUGGUAAAAAACAAUUGAAGGCCUUCAUGACGGACUCAACCGAUAUACAGCCUCUUCAAUCUGUCUAUAGUGGUAUGAAUGAUCAAUCAUUAUCUUCGUUUUCCACUGGGUUUCUGGGAAAUACGAUUCGAAUUGCUGGUGACUACCGUCGGGAAGAAUUUUACGGUCGGUCAGCACCAUCUAAAGGUAACAAAAUAGUCUCUACUACAGUUAAAGAUGAGCAAUCGACAGCUGGUACAAGGAGCGACUUUGGUGGAGAAGUUGAUUACAAUUUGCAACGCAAUCAGCAAGGCGAUACUGAUGAAACGCAGGCUAAACGAGUUAGUAUGUCUGAUGCUCUCAGUGGUGCUUAUUUUGCUCAAAAAGACUGGAAAGCAAGCAAUCAACAAAAGCGUGGUAGCAUUGAUGCUUACUAUGAGAGCCAAGAUGCGUCCGUAGAUCAAGUAGGAGAAGCUACUACACCAGUAGUAAGAAUUACAUGCGAUUCUCCUUCAUUAAGGACUAAAGAAACUGGAUAUGAGACUGCGAAUGUUGAUAGUCUGGGAGAAAUUGCCAACAGUACUAAACCUGCAAGAGAACACUGUUUGGGCAUAAAUGAUUUCAAUGCUUUUUCAACUGUUCCUUCCGUAGGCAAUAGAGGUAGCAGUGUGCCUUUUAAUGAUGUAAAAAACAGAAGACACUCUGCUCCUAAUGAAGCGGAAGAAAAAGAAAGUCCACAUUUGGCGUCUACCCUUUCCCAGCGAAAUAAAUUUUGGAAGGUCUCCGAUUAUGCCAACCCUAACGAUAGGAAUGUUCGAAAGAAUAGUAGCAUCAAGCAGCCAGAUUUCAUUCAACAGCAAGCAAUGAACGAUCUGGGAGCAGCAUACAUUGGCCCCUAUUCUAAUAAUAAUAGCUCUUCUGUUGAAGCAGCUACUGACAGUUUGGACAGUGAGGAUGAUCAGAUACCCUCCAAAAUGUUGCAGGGAAGUUCUGGUAUGAACACAGAUAAAGAAGAAGAGAUCAAUUCUAAUUCACAAAGCAAAAGCCAAGAAGAACCUGUAGUCAACGAAGUAAUAAGCAAAUUAAAGGAAACUAUGGCCAUAAUUCAGAAAAAUCCGGAAUACCAACAAGCAAUCACUACAUUGAUUUCUCUCUUUGACGUUUGGAGCAAACGGAUUUCCUCUGGCAAAGAUAAAUUUGAACGCCGUCGUUCAUCUACCAUUAGUAGCUCGGAGCAAGCUGAGUAUUACUUGAACAUUGCUACCGUCGAAGCCAAGACUAUCAUCGAAGAUUGGGCUCAAGGCACUUCUCUAAAUCCUCUCCUACAGCAAACCUAUGAAGUAUCCAGCAAUAUAAAACACGAUAUGACUAUCAACAACCUUCUUACAGCAGCAAGCAAUUAUAUCAAACGUUUAAUGAAGGAGCCUGAGUACCUUACAUCUGAUGAUGCCACAGAAGAUGGCACACAACUAUUUAAUGAGUUUAGACAUUCUGGACGUAGACUCACGAGUCAAAUGAACGGCCUUAUUCAAGCGUAUCUCAAUUAUUUGGGUCGAAUUUCUGAUGAUGUUACCAGCACAGAGAUAUCGCGGAAAUUUAAGGAUAUUCAUAAACAUUUGUGGUAUAAUAGCGAUGGACGCGCUACGUUUAAGCCUCAAUUAUUAAACGACAUGAGGAUUUGCUUACUUCCGGCUUUGUUUGAGCAGAUUAAAUAUAUCCCACUACCGAAAAUUCUCUAUAGCGACAAACAGUAUGAUAUUGUAAUCGAGAAUAUGGUAUUGCAAGGUGAUACGUUGAUGCCGAACAUUAUCGAAAUAAAAGCUGAUGAUUAUUUGCGAUUUAGCCCUAACACUAAGCUUAGCUACGCAAAUUCUCAAAGCAUGGCCGUUCAUUUGAGCGGAAUUCAAGCUAUUAUUGAAGAAGCUGUGUUCUACUACAAACGUAAAGGUGGUUUCCCUAGGGUUUCAGAUUGUGGUGUUAUUUCGUUAAGCACCGGUGGAAGAGGACUAAGCGUUUCUAUGCGUUUAGUUACUAGCUCUGCAGAUCAGACGCAUACAUUUCGAAUUGACCAAUCUCACUGCCAACUCGAUAAACUUCGACAUCAAAGUGAAACAUUGCAAGCAUAAUGUUCUUUAUAAGGUUUUUAAUCCCAUGUUGACAGGAUUAAUAAAGCGUCAAGUCUGUAAAGCAGUAGAAAAAAAGGUCAAAGAAGUGGUUGAGGCUAGUGAUGCUCGGAUUACAGACUACUUGCAUCGUCAGCAAGCACACAAUGAAACAGGCAAAAGAAGUUCAACUGGUAGCAGACUUGGUUUGUUUUCUCAUAUGACGAACACUGUUAAUCAAAAGAUUCUCUCAGUUUGAGUAGAUAUGUAUAUAAAUGCAAAUAUCCGAUAAUAAAUAAGUUUUGUAG